GCUAUUGCAACAUAACAUAACCUUGCAUCGUGUCAUGCAUACAGUAAAUCAUUAUUAAGGUGGCGCGGAAUACACUAUCUCUAACAAGCAAUUUUACUUUUUUCGUUAAGACAACGGAAAAUGAGGUUUUCACUUGUCGAACUGGCGUAGUGCUAUUGUAGACAAGUAAGAAUCCAUCCAACCACACGAGCUACAGCUUGCUGUGUGCGAUACAACUGCAAUGUCCUCACCCAAACCAGACAUAGCCGGUACGGCAAUGAAUGGGAACGAAGCAUCAGAAAAUGCAUAGUAACAACGAGAAACACGGUUGCAACGCAAAAGCUUUGGGGAAAAUAUUUCUGCCGUCAAGCUAAAGAUACCAGAAAAUUACGGGAAAAAAUAGGAAAUGGUCGUGUGACAAAACAGUCCAAAUACCAGGAGGAAAUCUGGAAAUCCAAAGUUUACGCAUCUAAACAUUGCAAGGGCGACGCUUUGAAGACGAGCGAGACAGCAGCCAGAGAGGCACAGUUACGAUGGAUGAAGUCUUCAACUGAGGGAGCUGAUCCAUAGAACAAGAAAGGUUUGUUCCACAAGCUUUACCUUGUGAAAUGGAGACUAAUGAAGGAGAGAUUGACUCUAAGACAGAGGACGCAACUGAACAGGAGUCUGGACUGAAAUCUCACCCAGAUAUUGAUGGAGGCUGGGGAUGGAUGAUUGUUCUGGCUUCCUUUGUGUCCCAUGUGCUCAUCAUGGGCUCCCACAUGGCUCUGGGAAUUCUCUAUGUGGAAUGGCUGGAAGAGUUUAAGGAGAGCAGGGGGCUCACAGCUUGGGUGGGGUCUCUAACCAUUGGGAUAACUCUGAUCGUGGGACCGGUUAUCGGACUUUUUGUUAGCACGUGUGGCUGCCGAAAGACAACAAUAAUAGGAGGAGUUGUGACAGCUUUGGGCUGGAUGCUCAGCGCAUAUGCCUCAAACAUUUACUUUCUUUUUAUAUCCUUUGGCCUGACAGCGGGUGUAGGCAGUGGGAUGGCUUACCUGCCUGCGGUGGUCAUGGUGGGGCGUUACUUUCAGAGGAGGCGGGCCCUUGCGCAAGGAUUGAGCACCACAGGGACAGGGUUCGGCACCUUCAUCAUGACCCUACUUUUGAAGCACCUCUGCACGGAGUACGGCUGGAGGAAUGCCAUGCUGAUCCACGGGGCGGUCAACCUCAACCUCUGUGUCUGUGGAGCCCUCAUGAGGCCUCCUCCGUCAGGCAGCGGGCAACGGAAGGCCCCCGAUCCUCUGGAGCCGCAGGGCCAGCGGCAAAGGGGUAUGCAACACGAGCCAGGCGGCUGCUCCAUGAGACUCGACUGGUCAGAGGAUCAAGGCACCAGCCGAGAGGGGGAAUUGAAGAGUCUGUCCCCAGAAGACGCCGGCGUCCAGCAGCAGGAACCAGAAAACAAAGACAGAGGCCCAGUGGAGAUCAUUUUUAAAGAAAAAUAUCCCCUUCGCAUGGUGAAGACACUAAGCCAGAUGACCAACAGUAUGAAAAUGGGAUUCUGGAAGUGGCAUUCCAGUUACAUUGGGGAUGGAUCCCUUUUCUCCAAUAAGGUGUUCAUCUGCUUCGUCUUAUGGGCGAUGUUUGCAUACUGCAGCUUUGUCAUUCCUUUCAUACACCUGCCAGAGAUUGUCAAGCUAUAUGGCUUUGAUGAGGAAAACAACAAGAUCCCCUUGACCUCCAUUAUAGCAAUUCUUCAUAUUUUUGGGAAAAUUUUCCUGGGUUUGGUUAGUGACCUUCCCUACGUCAGUGCUUGGAACGUGUUUUUCGUUGCGAAUCUGGCAAUGUGCGUGUGCGUAUUUGUGCUGCCUCUCAUGCACACAUUUGCUGGCUUGGCAAUAGUGUGUGCCAUGAUGGGGUUCUCGAGUGGCUAUUUUUCUGUGAUGCCGGUUGUGACCGAGGAUUUAGUUGGGCUGAAUAAUCUUGCAAACGCCUAUGGUGUUAUAAUCUGUGCAAACGGCAUCUCUGCUUUGUUGGGACCACCAGUUGCAGGCUGGAUCUAUGAUGUGUCAGGGACGUAUGAUUAUUCCUUCUACCUCUCUGGCGUUCUGUACAUGGUUGGUAUCAGCUUCCUGAUGCUGAAACCCUGUCUGCAGAAAACAAGCACCGCUGAAGAAAGGAAACAAGGCACUAAAGCUUCAUGUUCAUCAUGAGUUCUCUCACUGAACCCUGAAGUACACCCUCAUGUCUUUAUUCAAAAUGUGAAAGAACAGUUAUAUUGUAAUGUAUGUUAUAUGUAAGCUUAGUUUUACAAAGUGUGAAUGUUUAUGUCCUAACAUAAACACAGGGCAUGUCUUUAAAAUGUCAGCGUAUUGGAUAAUAUAAUUGAACUGUGAAAUUUAUACUGUGUGUUGAAAGACAGACAAAUCUACCUGCAGCCAACACAAUAUAAACUCAGCUCCUAUUGCAGAAGGGGACAGAGACAUUAAAUGAAACGUGCCUUUAAAAUGUGACAUUAGGUCCAGUUACAAAUGUUAUUUUUUCAGAGAGCUGGGGAAGUGCAACAGGAUUUAGUCUUUCAGCGUUGAACGCUGACAUAAGAGCUAGAUUCUGAACCUCAACUUUUUCAGAGACUCCUGCCUUUGUCCAGAUUUAAUAUGGGACAUAUGCGUACAAAUCUUCAGGAUUUUACCAAAUAAUUUUAGUCACAGAGUUGUUUUCAGAUUGCAAUCUCAAAACUCAUCAAGCGUUUUCUUUGUCAAAGGCUACUCACGUUAUGUAGGUCUUUAAGAACUUUACUGUAACUUAUCCAAUGGAUGUGAACCACGUUAGGUAAUACAACGUACAGUAUAUUUUUGUUUUUGAGCUUAAAUGUUUUAGAUCGAUUCGUGAAAUCUCAUGUACAACAUUUAGGCAUUUUAAUUUAUUAUUGUGGACUUCAUGGGUUUUUGUAUUAUAGGAUUGGAAUGGGAAUUGUGAAAAAUAUUUCAGAAGAAUAUCUGUACUAGUAGGGAGGUGGGGUAGUGUGUUAGAACAGCUGCCUGAUAGCUUUUAGAUCCUGGGCUCAGUUCUGGACUGGGGUGCCUUCCGUUUGGAGCUUGCAUGUUCUCAUGUUUACUGUGGUUGGCUCCAGGUGCUCUGAUUUUGUCUUUUGUUCUGAAGAAAUGUUGGCUAGGUUGAUGUCUUUAACUAGUGGGUAUGCCCUACAAUGAAUGGACAUCCCAUCCAGCAUGUAGUUCCUCUUUGUAUCCUAUGCUUCCAGGAAAGGCUCUGGAUAGCUAUGAUCCAUUCCAGGAAUAAACAUUUUAUUUUGA